AUGAAGUUUUCAAAACGCUUGCAAGAACUGCGGGAGCGUCGGCGAGCCGCCUUCUAUGUCUCCUACAAGGAACUGAAGAAAGCGCUCAAACUCUUCACAGGCGCAGAUGUUUCUGCAGUCUCCAUCAGAGAUGCCGUCAGCAGCUUCGCAAACACCAAGGCUCUCGAGGGGGAGCACUACAGGCCCCCAGAAAGCCGCUUCGAAGACUUGCUGCAACACGAACUCGAGAAGAUCAACUCCUUUUCAGUCAGCACGUUGCUUGCCGCCUCUGCCGCUCUGCAGCAGCUGCUGCUGCAGCUGUACGCCUUGCAGCACAAGCAGCAAGAGCUCCUGCUAAAGACUCAAGCCGCGCAGCAGGCAGAACACAGGGAGACGCCUCAGGGCAGUCAUGCACGGCAGAAAAAGCAGCAGCAGCAGCAGCAGCAGCAGCAGCAGCAGCAGCAGCGCCAGCCGCAAGGCGGGAAGGGGGGAGACGACGCUGCUGCUGACAGCGGCACUCCAUGCAGAGAUUCGCCAGCUGCCGACUCCCUUGCAGCGGAUCAGAGAUCCUCUCCUGCAGUUGCAGAGGCAGCGACAGAAGCAGCGACAGAAGCAGCGACAGCAGCUGCGGCAGCAGUGACUGCUCAGAGUGGCGCCGAGUCGGCAGCUGCGUCGUUCGAGCAGGAUUUGCUGGCAGUUGAGGGGGCUCUGGAUGCUGAAGGUCAAGAAGUGGUCUUCUUGUCUUCCUAUAUUCGUCUCAACUUCACAGCCUUUCGAAAAAUCGCAAAGAAGUUCGACAAACUCAACAAAUCCUCCUCGGCGGCAUACCACAUGUGCAGGGUGAUGGGGCAGCCGUUUAUGCGUCUUAAUCUGCCUCUGCUGCUGCAGCAGCUGGCUGCAGCGUAUGCGCAGCUGCGAGCUUUGAAGGCUAUGAAGGAAUUUCCCGAAGUCGCAGUGGCGGCUGCAGCGGCUGCAGCGGCAGCAGCGGCUGUGACGUCGUCGUCGAAUUGCUCGACCCCAACAGCGCCAGCACCAGGCGCUGUAGCAGCAGCAGCAGCUGCUGCUGCUGCUGCUGCUAAGCGCCCGGUGGACUCUGUCGCCGAAGGCAUUCCCCAAGCCACUACAAAGUAUUUAAUUCUGCCAGACGAGGUUGUCAGGCUGCAAGUCAUGUUGGCGAAGCAUUUCCAGCUGAUUUCCAUAAAGGGCUGCUCAGUCGACACGACUACACCCCUUCCAGCUGCUGCAGCCACAGCGGUGGCUGCAGCAGCCGCUGCGAAGGAUGUCAAGGCUCCAGCGGAAGUUCAUGGCGAAAGCGGCAGUAACAGAGUGGCAGAGGCGCUAGCCUCCGGAGAUUCUCGCCGUCUUACGUCGCUCGUAUACUUUGACACUCCGAAUUUGGACUUGUUCGUGUCUCUGCAAACGAAAGGCAGAACAGAUCCCAAGAUUUCCGACAGCAGCAGGAGCAACGCGAGCACAGGCAGCGUUAAGGAGUUGCUGCGCAUACGGGAAAUCAAUGCAGGCGAAGUGGCAACCUCUGCUCAAGGACCAUUGCGCUUCCUCGAGUUUGCCAACCCCCAGGAGCCAGCAAGCGAUCCCCAGCAGCAGAUAUUUCCAGCCUACGACAGCCCUUUGGUCCUAGAAGCUCUGCCACGAAGCAUUCUGAUGCAGCAGCUGUCUCUGCAGCAACUCUUCACUGGGCAUGCAGAAAUCGCAGCGCAGCAGGUGGAACGGUACCUACUGGAUGCAAAUGUCUCGAAAGAGACGGUAUCAGCGCGGGGUGCGCUCCUGCGGGAGGCUCGAGAGGUUCUCACGUCUCAAGGUUUAUAUCCCUGUUUGAGGGUGUGGCUAACAAGAACGUGUUUCAGGUCUGAGGAUGGAUCGAUCUUUGUGACGCUGGACGAAGAUAUUCGCUUCUCCAAGAACAGUCCAGACGGCGAUGCUCACGCUUUCCUCUUCAAUGGAGCUGCCGCGCUGGCGUCGGAAGGAGCUGCCCCCUUCCCAUGGGGGGUGAUGGACGUCUCCUGUACGAACUCCUCCGGAGGCUUGCCCCCCCCCUCUCAGCAGCGAACUGAACGCCAGGCGCUGCUAGUUUCACCCGCCUUCAGCUGCCUGAGGGAGGCUGUUGGCAUGGCUAGCGUAACAGAAGUCUUUGGAUUUUCCCUGUUUGUCCAUGGGGUAGCGAGUCAGUUUCAACAGGAGCUGCAGCGGCGACAGCGCGCGAAUAGCGCGAACGACAAAGUCUUCGUGCCUCACUGGCUCGCCUACACCACCAUAGCCGAGGAGGACGAUGAGGAGUUUCAAGCAGCUACCAACAUGGCGGCUGCAGGUUCAGCUUCGCCCGCGCUUGGCACGCAAGCCUUACAGGUGUGGCCUUCUGUGUCGCAUCAGUCGCAGCAAGGGCUGGAAAUCCACGAUGUGCCUACUGCAAGCAGACACGUUUCGCGUUCUUCGAAACUGGAUGUGAUAUAUAGAGGACCUGGAGCUUCGAUUGCUCAUGACCAAGAGGCGUCCGUCCAGGAGCUGCGGCAGUCUCUCGAGACGACUUCGACGGGAGCUGGACCUACGCGGACAGGAGGCGGCACGAGGAGUCGCGCGCGAGGAUUGCAAGAACCGCUGUUAGGAGGAGGCGAAGGGGGAGACGGCAGCCGAACCAUCUCCCGAAAUCAGACACAGCACAGAGCAGGAUGGCUGCCAACUUGCUGCAGUGGCAGCGGGAGCUGCUUCCCCCUGAUGCGGCGUUGCUGCGAAAGAGUCUCUCAAUACCUGCGCCUUCGUCCGCGCAGGGGACGCAGCGGCUUUACGGGAUUAUCUGGUGUAUCGACACCAGCGGGAGCGACGGUGCGAGUUGAACCCAAGACUUUCUUUGCCAACGAGAGAACGCUGCUCCAGUGGCUGAAUAUCGCAGUGCUGUUAGCCUCCGUUGCCAUCACUCUGCUCUCCUUCGGACAGACUGCGGCAAAAGCAGCUGGCCUGCUUCUUGCGCCAGUAGCAAUCUUCUUCAUUGGGUAUUCAUUCUGGAUCUAUUUGCGGCGUUCUCGUGCCUUAGAGCGCAAGGAGCCCAUAGACUACAACGACCACUUUGGCCCAGCAGUACUGGUAGUGUCUCUCACUCUGGCUCUGUGUGCAAACAUCUUCCUGAACGUCGUCUAUACGGAGGCUCCAGUGACCUCACUCGCGGCACUAACCACAGCGGCUUUCCAGCCUGUGCUUCCUCCUGCAUCAGGCAAGGGGGCACUCCCUGGUGCUGAGCCUUCAGCAGCCAACCUCCUUGCUGCUGCGACAGCGAACUUCCCAACCAUGGCAGUGGUGGGUAGUUCCGGAGGUGGCGACGAUAGUGCCAGCAGCAGACUGGAAUCACUCAAAGCAGCACUGGCUGCAACGUCAGCAGACAGUGAUGCAGGCAAGGCCGAAAGGGAAGCUGCAGCUCGAGUUGCAGCUGCACACGUUGCAGCGAUUCGACAAAUCGCUCAAGUGCGUGCUGCGGAGGCAGCAGCAGCCGCUGCAGCAGCUAAAGCCGCAGCAGCAGCAGCAGAGAACGCGGAGGCAGCCGCGGCGGAAGUUGAGGCAUUAGGAGCUCAAAUACUGCAUGCGCAGGGGGCUUGA